AUGGAGUGUGGAAAAAGCUUCAAAAGCAGCAGUCACCUGAACUGCCAUAAACGGAUCCACACGGGAGAGAAACCCUAUACAUGCCUAGAGUGUGGAAAGAAGUUCAAUGUAAAGAGUUCUCUUACCUCUCAUGUAAGGAUCCACACAGGAGAGAAACCCUAUAAAUGUAUUGAGUGUGGGAAGAGCUUCAGCCAAAGCAGUCAACUUACUUUCCAUCACAGGAUCCAUACAGGGGAAAAACCUUAUAAAUGCACAGACUGUGGAAAGACCUUUGCUGGCAGUGGCUAUCUGACUUACCAUAAAAGGACCCACACUGGAGAGAAACCCUAUAAAUGCCUGGAAUGUGGAAAGAGCUUCUGUGAUAACCGCACCCUUACUUCCCAUAACAGGGUCCACAUGGGAGAUAAAUUGUAUGUAUGCAAUGAACCUGGGAAGAGUUUGAGUUCAAGCAGCUCCCUUACUUACCACAUUAGUUCCCACACACAGAAGAAAUUGCAUCAGUGCACAGAGUGUGAGAAGAGCUUCAGAUUAAAAAGACACCUUACUUCCCAUAAGAGGAUCCACACAGGGGAGAAAUAG